AUGGGCUCCCGACUCCACAAUGCGCCCAUAGUCAUCGACAACGGCAGCGGGACCAUACGAGCUGGUUUCGCAGGCGAAGAUGUCCCCAAAUGCUACUUCCCGUCAUAUGUCGGACGGCCGAAGCACGUACGGACAAUGGCAGGAGCGCUCGAGGGUGACGUGUUCAUUGGACCUCAAGCACAGCAAUAUAGGGGCCUUUUCAAGAUCAACUACCCAUUGGAGCACGGCAUUGUCACAGACUGGGACGAUAUGGAGAGAAUAUGGCAAUAUGUCUACCAGGAAGGCUUGAAGACGGUCAGCGAAGAUGUGAAACCGCCGCUGAACCCUCGAGAAAACCGGGAUGUCGCGGCCCAGAUCCUCUUCGAGACCUUCAAUGUCCCCGCCCUCUACUCCUCGGUACAGGCUGUGCUCUCAUUAUACGCCUCAGGAAAGACAACCGGUCUGGUCCUGGACUCUGGAGAUGGUGUCUCGCAUGCCGUACCUGUAUUCCAGGGAUUCGCGAUUCCCAAUAGCAUACGAAGGAUAGACGUAGCCGGCAGAGACGUCACAGAACACUUCCAGCAACUGCUGCGGAAAAGUGGCAGGAUAUUUCACACAAGCGCAGAGAAGGAGACAGUCAAGAACAUCAAAGAGGCGACCGGCUAUGUCGCGCUUGAUCCUGCGAAAGAGGAGAAGGAGUGGUCUGGCGCGGCGAGGUCAGACGGCAAGAGCGCCGAGUACACGUUGCCUGACGGUCAGAAGUUGAAGGUCGGUGCGGAGCGAUUUCGAGCACCAGAAAUCCUGUUCAACCCCGAGAUCAUCGGCUUGGAGUACCCUGGCGUGCACCAGAUCGUGGUCGAGGCGAUACAUCGGACAGACAUGGACCUCCGCAAAUCGCUCUAUGGCAACAUUGUACUCUCUGGUGGUUCCACACUGACAAAGGGAUUUGGUAACAGGCUGCUUCACGAAGUACAACGACUGGCGGUGAAGGACAUGAGGAUCAAGAUAUUGGCACCACCAGAGCGAAUAUACACCACGUGGACUGGCGGCAGUAUCCUAGCGGGUCUGAGUACCUUCAAGAAGAUGUGGGUGGAAAAGGACGAAUGGCAGGAGAAUCCAGACAUCAUCCAUACCAAAUUCGCAUAA